AUGCCGUCAGCGCUGGGUGAGCAGAGGAGCCGCAGGCACCAGGCCUCCGAUGCCUCCGAUGCCAUCAGGCGAUUGCUGAAGGUUGCGUGGAAGCUUUUUUCGAAUUCAUCACCCGGUCUCGGCUCUGAAGGAACCGAGCCACCUGUAGGGAAGGUACAGGCAUUUCUUUUGCAACGAGACUCCGCAGUCCGUGCACGCACAUCGGGGGAGGCCUUCGAAAGGCGCGCCGGACUUGCCGAGUCCCACGGUAUCGCUUCUUAUGUUGACAUUUGGCGGAAUCUGCGCCAAACCAAUGAUUCAGCAAAUCUGCGCGAGCAGACUUAUACCACAUCCACAUUGUAUAGUGCCAAAACGUCCACAACAUCCACCUGGCCGACUGAGAUGCACAGCAGUGCGGCCACAAGAUCCUUCGCUCGAUUGGCGGAGGUGACUUCCGUUAAUGAGACAGCUUCACAAAAUGCCACUAUGACGACGACAACGCCGCCGUCGGGCUUUGUGGCAACAACUUCGACCUCGGGUGUGUCGGCCACAAGAGCUGACACGAACAGCUCACCCACAGAGAACUCGGCAUUUGAUGCCGUGAGUGAGCAGAACUCUAGCGAGUACAACUCCACUGCGUCAUCGACCUCAACCACAUCAAUGUGGCUGGAAGAGAACAAGACGACGGCUUCGCGCGGAAGCAGCGAACCUGCCUGGAACGAGACCGAAUUCCCGCAGAACGACUCCUACAUCGUGGAAGCAAGCAUUGCCUCCGAAGAAUUUCUGGAAGAGUCCAAUUUGACUGGCAACCUGUCCAACAGGACGGAAGAGAUGGCCUCAGAGAUGCUGAAUGGCAGCAAUGACUCUUGGAGCGUUCCUGCAUCUUUGGAGGACGAUGCGUUCUUCACCGACGAGUCCUCGAACGACAGCGAUUUUCUCUACGACGGCUCCACCACUGCGAACGCCAGUAAUGCAUCGGAAGACCUUCUGGAAGAGAACGACGAUGACCUGCAGCUUGAUGCCAACCUAUCAAACUGGACUCUCAAGGACUUGUCGGAGGCGCUCUCCGCUUGGAACGAGUCCGUCAACGAUAGCAGUAGCCACGGCCAGCUUCCCGACAACACCUCCGCCAUCGCCGGGGAAGCCACCACUGCCUCCUCCGAAGAUUUUCUGGAAGAAGACAACGAGUCCGUCGAGCUCAGUGGAAAUCUAUCCGGCUCGAACCAAGACAACAUGUCGAAGGUGUCGGACACCAGCAACGGUUCCUGGAGUCUACCGGUCUGGAACGAGACCGAACUUCCCGUCAACAGCUCCGUUGUCAGGGAGGCCAUCAAUGCCUCGGAAGACCUGCUUGAAGAUGACAAUGAGUCCACCGAGCUGGAUGGCAACCUGUCAGAUGCGACCGACGAGAACGUGUCGGCGGUGUCGAACAACAGCCAUGACCGCUGGAUUUCACCAGAAGAUGUGCUCAUCGCUCGGAACAUUUCUGCCAACGAAAGUGAUGCCUGGAACCAGACAGAACCUCCUGACAACGGAGAAGCCACCAAUGCCUCGGAUGCACGGGAAGAUGACAACGAGUCUGCCACGCUUGAAGGCAACCUGUCCAAUGGGACCGCAGAGAACUUGGCGGAGGUCUUGAACAGCAGCAAUGGCUCCUGGAUUCUGCCAGAAGGCAUGCUCAUCAUGGAGAACAAGUCCGCCAACGAUAGUGACGUCUGGAACGAGACCGAACUUCCCAUCAACAGCUCCGUUGUCACGGAGGCCAUCAAUGCCUCGGAAGACCUGCUUGAAGAUGACAAUGAGUCCACCGAGCUGGAUGGCAACCUGUCAGAUGCGACCGCAGAGAACGUGUCGGCGGUGUCGAACAACAGCCAUGACCGCUGGAUUCCACCAGAAGAUGUGCUCAUCGUUGGGAACGUGUCUGCCAACGAAAGUGAUGCCUGGAACGAGACAGAACCUUCUGACGACGGAGAAGCCAGCAAUGCCUCGGAUGCACUGGAAGAUGAUAAUGAGUCUUCCACGCUUGAAGGCAACCUGUCUGAUGGGACCGCAGAGAACUUGGAGGAGGUCUCGAACAGCAGCAAUGGCUCCUGGAUUCUGCCAGAAGGCAUGCUCAUCAUGGAGAACAAGUCCGCCAACGAUAGUGACGUCUGGAACGAGACCGAACUUCCCAUCAACAGCUCCGUUGUCACGGAGGCCAUCAAUGCCUCGGAAGACCUGCUUGAAGAUGACAAUGAGUCCACCGAGCUGGAUGGCAACCUGUCAGAUGCGACCGAAGACAACGUGUCGGAGGUGUCCAACCGCAGCAACGACUCCUGGAUUCUACCGGAAGACGUGCCAAUCUUCGAGAACGAGUCUGUCAACCACAGUGAAGCCAGUGAUGGCUGGAACGAGACCGAAGUUCCCGUCAACAUCUCCGUCGUCCCGGAGGACGUCAAUGUCUCGGAAGACCUGCUUGAAGAUGACAAUGAGUCCACCGAGCUGGAUGGCAACCUGUCAGAUGCGACCAAAGGGAAUGUGUCGGAGGUGUCGAACAGCAGUAACGACUCCUGGAUUCUACAAGAAGACAUGCCCAUCUUUGGGAACGAGUCUGUCAACCACAGUGAUGCCAGUGAUGGCUGGAACGAGACCGAAGUUCCCGUCAACAUCUCCGUCGUCCCGGAGGACGUCAAUGUCUCGGAAGACCUGCUUGAAGAUGACAAUGAGUCCACCGAGCUGGAUGGCAACCUGUCAGAUGCGACCAAAGGGAAUGUGUCGGAGGUGUCGAACAGCAGUAACGACUCCUGGAUUCUACCAGAAGACAUGCCCAUCUUUGGGAACGAGUCUGUCAACCACAGUGAUGCCAGUGAUGGCUGGAACGAGACCGAAGUUCCCGUCAACAUCUCCGUCGUCCCGGAGGACGUCAAUGUCUCGGAAGACCUGCUUGAAGAUGACAAUGAGUCCACCGAGCUGGAUGGCAACCUGUCAGAUGCGACCGAAGACAACGUGUCGGAGGUGUCGAACAGCAGUAACGACUCCUGGAUUCUACGAGAAGACAUGCCCAUCUUUGGGAACGAGUCUGUCAACCACAGUGAUGCCAGUGAUGGCUGGAACGAGACCGAAGUUCCCGUCAACAUCUCCGUCGUCCCGGAGGACGUCAAUGUCUCGGAAGACCUGCUUGAAGAUGACAAUGAGUCCACCGAGCUGGAUGGCAACCUGUCAGAUGCGACCAAAGGGAAUGUGUCGGAGGUGUCGAACAGCAGCAACGACUCCUGGAUUCUACCAGAAGACGUGCUCAUCUUCGGGAACGAGUCUGCCAACGACAGUGAUGGGAACGUGACUGAAGUUCCCAUCAACAUCUCCGUCGUCCCGGAGGACGUCAAUGUCUCGGAAGAUCUGCUUGCAGAUGACAAUGAGUCCACCGAGCUGGAUGGCAACCUGUCAGAUGCGACCGAAGACAACGUGUCGGAGGUCUCGAACCGCAGCAACGGCUCCUGGAUUUUACCGGAAGAGGAAGACGUGCUCAUCUUCGGGAACGAGUCUGCCAACGACAGUGAUGGCUGGAACGAGACCGAGCCUCCCCUCAACAUCUCCGUCGCCACGGAGGCCAUCAAUGUCUCGGAAGACCUGCUUCAAGAUGACAAUGAGUCCACCGAGCUGGAUGGCAACCUGUCAGAUGCGAGCGAAGAGAACACCACAGAGGCAUCGAACGGCAACAACUCUUCGACUACGGCGGAAGACGUUGACGUGCUCAUCAUCCGGAACGAGUCUGCCAACGACAGUGACGCCAGUGAUGCGCCUGAGGGCUGGAACGAGACCGAACCUCCGCUCAACAUCUCCGUCGUCACGGAGGCCAUCAAUGUCUCGGAAGAUCUGCUUGAAGAUGACAAUGAGUCCACCGAGCUGGAUGGCAACCUGUCAGAUGCGACAGAAGAGAACGUGUCGGAGGUGUCGAACAGCAGCAACGGCUCCUGGAUUCUACCGGAAGACGUUGACGUGCUCAUCAUCCGGAACGAGUCUGCCAACGACAGUGACGCCAGUGAUGGUUGGAACGAGACCGAACCUCCGCUCAACAUCUCCGUCGUCACGGAGGCCAUCAAUGUCUCGGAAGAUCUGCUUGAAGAUGACAAUGAGUCCACCGAGCUGGAUGGCAACCUGUCAGAUGCGACAGAAGAGAACGUGUCGGAGGUGUCGAACAGCAGCAACGGCUCCUGGAUUCUACCGGAAGACGUGCUCAUCAUCGGGAACGAGUCUGCUAACGACAGUGAUGGCUGGAACGAGACCGAACCUCCCGUCAACAUCUCCGUCGUCACGGAGGCCAUCAAUGUCUCGGAAGAUCUGCUUGAAGAUGACAACGAGUCCACCGAGCUGGAUGGCAACCUGUCAGAUGCGAAGCUCGCCUGA